AUGGAAUCAAUCGAAAUAACUGCAAAUAGUAACAGCGCGACUACGACAAGUAUGGAGGGAAUUGUAGCUACAAUUCCAGAGAAAACGUUUAUCGACUCCACAGGAACAGAAACCUUAACGAAAAAUCACAAUAGGCAAGAAAAUGGCAGUAACCAAAAUGUUAAAGGUCAUCAAUCAAAUCUUGGCGAUGCUAGCGAUAACCAGGGAAAAAAUAUUUUGGCGGAAAGCCUUGUCGAUUCUGCAACAUGUGGUCGAAGAAUGUUUCUAGCAUCAUUGAUUGUUGCGUCGAAAUAUUUACAGGACAAUAAUUAUUCAAAUAAUGCUUGGUCGAAGAUUAGUGGGUUAUCACUUAAAGAAAUUAAUUCGAUAGAACGAAGAUUUUUACAAUUGAUUGUUUACAACCUUUAUGUUUCAGAAGAAGAAAGAACUAUAACAGAAAUUUUAGAAAUUUUAUCUGCAGGCGAUGAAUUAUUAUUAAAUGAUUUGUUAGACUAUAUCCAAGAUUAUUUAGUUGAUACAAAAGCAGAUUGGUUACCAAAUUACAUACUAGAAAUUUACAGAAAAACAUUAGAUCAUCAAUCAUGUGAAAAAUUGAGAGAAUUCAUAUUGGCAACCAUAUCAGCAGAUCCUGAAUUAUUAUUCAACUCCAAAGAUUUUUUGAAAAUCGAAGAAUCUUUAUUGCUACCAAUACUUAAACGUGAUGAUCUUGAUAUGGCUGAAGAUGAGGAUGAUAUUGUCAGGUGUCAUUUGAAACAAGGUAGUAAACCAAUAUAUGGCAUCAACACUCCAAGAGGAAAUUCCACUUUAAUUGGUCAUAAAGAAAUGUUACAAACAAGAGACAGUUUCUUGUUUACGUUUGGUAAUAGAGAUAGGAUUGAAGACGCAAAAGUUUCAAGAGUAUCAAGGUUUAAUUAUGCAAUAACGCUUAAAGAUGAUUCCUAUGGUCCCUGUUUUGGCGAUAAAGAUUUAUGGAUGUAUGGUAAUUUUGACAAACCGGAAAGUUGUUCAUCAAAGGAAGACGAUUAUGAAACUUGGAUAACUAAAAGUCGUAAAUUUGGUGUUUCAGAAUAUGAAGUUUUUAAAAUUAUUAAAAAAUAA